AUGCAAGCCAUACAAAAGGGACCAAAGGCAUGCACCACGUGUGCCAAAGCCAAGGCCAGAUGCAUUCCCCGAACAGAUGGUGGAGACAAGUGUGAAAGAUGCCACCGACUCAAUAAGGACUGCUUCUCCCGCCUCCCUGCCCCGCCACGCGUCAAGAAGCGCCCCAAGCGGUCGAGGGUCGCUGAGCUCGAGAAGCGUCUCAACGAGCUGUCGUCUCACAUUGAAGGCCAACAUGCUGUCGCCCCAACGCGAGACCAGGCUCCCGAGCCGCCAGUCAAGGCGCCCGAAAAGGGCGAUCUCUUGAGCCUUGAGCACCUCUUUCCCUCGCCCAGGUCGUCGGGAUGGGAGAGCAGCAACGACACGUUGUCGUGGAGCCCCGGCGCCUCGCGAUCAGCAGACUCAGCCUGGCCUUUGCCCGGCGAGGCCGAAGCCUUCCUGUCUCGGUUUCACGACGCCUUCGCCCACCUGUUCCCCUUUGUCGUCGUACCCAAACACAUCACGGCUGCCGAACUCCGCACCGAGAGGCCCUUGGUAUGGAAGGGCGUCAUGGUUGCCGGCUGCAUCUGGGACGGAGCCAGGCAAGCCAAGUUGGGCGAGGAGAUGCUUGCCGACGUGGCCAAGGCAGCCAUUUCCGACGGGAUCAAGACGCUCGACCUAUUGCAGGGGUUGGAGCUGCUGCUCGCCUGGUUUCAUUUUGCCCUCAAGAGCUCGCAAACAUCGCAUCUGCUCUUCCUGGCGAGGUCAAUGUGCGUCAAUCUCAACGCCAUGUCGUACGGAUCCACGGUUGAAGAUGCCAAGUACGGCCGUUUGGACCAUCUGCGAGCGUACGCCGGCAUGUACUACCUGAACACGCUCAUCUUUACCACGAAUAAGAGAAACGAUGUUUUGAUGAACACGACGCAGCUGGACAGCUACUGCAAGAUCAUUGAAACCACAAACGAGUACCCGUCCGACGAGUACCUGAUCAAGCUGAUCCGGAUUCAGCAGCUUGCGCAGACCAUCUCCCUCACCAUGGCCUUUGAUCCCGCGACGCCUGCGGCCAUGUCGUUGCCCCUUCCUAUGGUGAUUGAGUCUUUCCAGGAUCAACUCGACACUUUCAGGGUCACUUUACCCACUCACCUCGCCGCAAGCCCCACAUUGCAAUGCCACAUCUCGAUUGCCGAGGUGCUCCUCACUGACGUUGCCAUAUCCGACCCGCACUGCGACUCGUACAAUAUACAGUUGACGGACCGGCUGCAGCUCCUCUGGGCGUGCGUCCGAUCGCUCAAGGCCUUUUUCAAGGUCCGCUUCGCCGUGACGGAGCUCGACUCCCCGCGAUUCGUAACCGUCAUGGUGUCGGAUGUGGCCUUUGCCUUCAUCACCGGCAUCAAGCUGCUGACGCUGGGGGUGCCUGGCUGGAACCUCGAACACGUCAGCAAGGAGCUGGCGCUUGACGACAUGCUGAGCCGGCAGAUUGAUGAUCUGACGGAAAUCAUCGCCAAACGCAAGAGCGGAAGCCCCAGCAGUCAGGAGUCGAGCCUGGAGGACCCGCUGGAGCGCCUGCAGAGGUUGCUGAGAACGGCACAGGAACUCGUGGCGCUGCAGCUGAGCGGCGUGUCGGCACAGGAGAUUGGGCAGGCUGUCGUGGGAGAGAUGAACAGCGCGACGUGGCAGGACCUGAUGAACGAUGAUGCGGCGAGCAUGCCUUGCUGA